CCCUUUUCACCUCGCUACAGGCACCGUCAGCGGAGAUUUCUUCGCUGAGGUGGACCUCAAGCAACACAUGGAGACGUUCUUCAAGGACCGCUACCCCAUAGAGGACAACCGGCCCACGAGGGAGGCCGCGAGGGAAUACAUCAAGAACAAGUUCUCAUAUUAUGGCCUCGAGGUGCACGAGCAGAAGUUCAACACCACCAUCAACACGGACCCGAAAGGAUUUGGUUCUAACACUGUGACGGUGGAGGGCACAAACAUAAUCGGCAUCAAGAAAGCCAUCACGCAACAAGCCGAUGCAGUGGUGGUGGUGGGCGCCGACUACGACAGCAACGGCCUCUCUGACCCUCUCUUCUACAACGGCGCGGGGGUGGCAGCGCUGCUCGAGGUGGCCCACGUCUACAGCUUCAACACCGACUGGUCUGGACGCUUCGCCGAUAACUUCACUACCAUCUUCGUGGCCUUCGAUAUCAACACCAAGCACUACAAGGGAUCAUCGGGGCGUCCGGGCGGCUACUACUUCGUCAACAAGUGGCUGUGGAACUACAUCGAUCACAACGUCCACUACUUCGGAGGCGCCGUCAUCCUCGACUCAAUUAUGAACGUACAAUAUGAACCCAACACCCAAACCCUGACCCAAAAUUUCCAUAACCUGUUCCCUGACACGUACCAGAGAGUAACAGAGAGCGGUGGCAAAGGCGACUUCCUGGCUAUGGUGUCUUUGAAAGGGUCUGAGGACUCCACCAAGCUGAGCGACCAAUUCUCGGGAGCCUACUACAAGGACCGUCGAGGGCAGCGUUACAGGCUGGAGGACAUGGUGAUGAUUAACGGCGGCUCAUUAGAUCCGAUGAUUGAGCUUAUCGUCGAGUGUGACAACAUUCACUUCUGGGCCUUCAAGGAUGACAGGAACAACUCCAUCGCCCUGCCAGCUCUCCUCCUUACAGACACCGCCACCUUCCACCUGUGGAUCUACUGA